GCCAUGGGCAGUGGUGAGAUUCUCCCUGGGGACUGGACAUGUGAAUCCUGUGAGGUCAACAACUUUGCUCGGCGGACACACUGUAUCGAUUGCCAGAAACCUAAAGAUGACAUAAAAGAUGGCGUCAUUGAAAGCAAAGAGGAGAAAAGUGUUGAUGUUGUGAUCGAGAAAGAGGCUGGUGUUAAAGAAGAACUGGAGGAGCUGGAAGAACUGGUGAAAACGGAAGAGAAGAUGGAAGAUAAGAUUGAAGAGAAGAUUGAAGAGGCUGUACCAGAUGCAGAAGAUAAAGUAGGAUCCAGAGAAGUGAGGGACGGGGACUGGACUUGCAGCAGCUGCAAGGCCAACAACUUCGCCAGAAGGCAAUCAUGUUUCAAAUGCAAAGCACACAAGGAUGGAACUGCGGGCGAGUCAGACAAGUUUGAGUUUAGGAAUGGUGACUGGAGCUGCAGCACGUGCGGUACUCACAACUUCGCGCGCAGGUCUGCGUGCUUUCAGUGCCGGAAGCAGCGCCCCGAGGGAAAUGACUGGAUCUGCAUGAACUGUAACAUGAACAACUUUGCCAGAAGAGCUUACUGUUUUGGAUGCCAGGCUCCAAAAUACGCUUCUGACCACCGAGACAGCAAUCAUUACCACGGUUCUAGUCCCUACUACAAUAACGGGCCCCCUAAUCACGGGCCCCCUAAUCACGGCCCCCCUAAUCACGGCCCCCCUAAUGACGGGUACUACUCACGUGGUCCCCCACCGCCUCCCCGAGGUGGAGCUAUGGGACGUAACCCCGUCAGAAACGGAGACUGGAUGUGUGCUGGAUGUAACUUCCACAACUUUGCCCGUCGGGAAACAUGUAAAGGAUGUGGAGAACACAAGGGAGAGAACGAGGUUGUCCAAGAUAAGAGACAAGGAGUACAACCUGGGGACUGGGCUUGUGAUUCCUGUGGGGAGAACAACUGGGCCCGGAGAACUAAAUGCUACAAGUGUGAAGAUCCUAAACCACUCUUGGAGGAUUAGGAACUUAAUUGUGUCAAUUAAUUAGUUAAUUAGAUAAUUAUCGAUUGUCAGACGUAGUCCUUAAAGAUAAUUAAUCAGCCUUUUUUCUAAGUGUUGGCUGA